AGUAAAAAUGCAGAUAAACAUAGUUCAGAAGUGAUUGAUUUUUCAUCUAUGAUCAGAAAUCCAAAUAUUUUUGGGAAGUCAACAACAAAUCAAGGUGUUUGAAAACAAAUCAAGAUGGUUAGGUAUAUGGCUCUAAAAAACCAAUAUGAAACUGAAAAGACAAUUGGAACUGGAGGAUUUGCCAAAGUCAAGCUUGCAAAGCACAUAUUGACAGGCGAGAAAGUAGCUAUUAAAAUUAUGGAUAAAGAGUGUCUGGGUGAUGACCUACCUCGAGUAAAGAUGGAAUUGGAAGCUUUAAAAAGUCUGACUCAUCAUCACAUCUGUCGACUUUACCAGGUCAUUGAGACUGACACUCACUUCUUUCUUGUGAUGGAAUAUUGUGCUGGAGGGGAACUGUUUGACCACAUAGUACAAUGCAACCGACUUAGUGAAAUGACGUCAAGGUCAUUUUUCCGUCAGAUUCUAUCAGCAGUUGCUUUUCUACACAGCAAAGGUUUCGUCCAUAGAGACAUAAAACCGGAGAAUGUACUUCUGGAUCGAGAUCAGUGUGUGAAGCUGAUUGACUUUGGACUGUGUGCCAAGCCUCAGCCUGAACUGGACUGGCAACUUUACACAGCUUGUGGCUCUCCCACGUACGCUGCCCCAGAGCUGAUCAAAGGCGACAAGUACCUUGGUGCUGCUGUUGACGUUUGGAGCAUGGGUGUCAUGUUGUAUGCAUUGCUGUGUGGUUGUCUUCCUUUUGAGAGUGAAAAAAUCGACGUUCUCUACAAACAAAUAACGAGUGGCAAGUAUACAACCCCAGACUACCUGUCUGAAGGAAGCCGUCAGAUACUGAGAGCCAUGCUACAGACUGAUCCUGCCAAGAGAAUCACAGUGGACGAGUUGAGGCACCAUCCUUGGAUACUGCGAGGAUACAAUGAACCAGUCUACUUCGACAGCAUGUACGAGGACCUGGGUCAACAGAGGGAUCACCAGAGAUAA